CGUCCUCGACGCACUUUCCGUAUCUCCACCUCGCUCUGCUCUCCGUUGUCCGCUUCGUUUUGCUGCUUUCUGUUCCAUCGCGAUCCUUUUGUUGAUUUAUUCCCCGGUCUCACGCGUCGCGCAUAUACCGCCUCGUCGCCGCCGUCGUCCUCGAUAAACAGCCUCAAUACUGUCAUAUACCUCCUCCCGUGUACCACCACCGACCGCGUCUCGCGUUUCUCCCCGUCCGCUCUCCUGCUCGCGCCCCAGCUGUUGAUGUUCUGACUUGUUUCACCAACAUUACUCAUCACGCUACAUCUUCCUUGUCCCCUCAGUAACAUCCUACUGUGUGCUAUAACUGCCCAUCCUGGCGUCCACCAUCCUUCCUCGUCGUCCGCCGUUAGAGUUGAUCAACAGAUCGCUCUUAGACAGUCUUGACGCGCAAGCAGACGCGGAACCCGUAUCCUCGUCUGACUCAGAGGCUGCGCCGGUCACAUCGGGUUCUAUCUCCGGCUCUUCUUCUGUCGGUUCUCCAUCUGCCGCGCAUACCUUCACCAUGUCAUCCCAAAACAACCAACAGUCCCGACCCCACUCCCCCGAUUUGCUACCUCCCCAUCUCAAAUCUCCCGUUCUGGGUGACUCAUAUAACACGCAGGGUACGUUAGGUGCCAGCCAUCAAUCUCUGUAUAGCAGCUUCCAGCUUCCCUCCGAUCUCACCCCUACCCCUGCCGAUGCCGAGGAAGCUAAACAAGGGAGAAUAGACGGUUUCUCUAGCGGCCCUUACCGCUCAUCUGCUCUAUUCAACGCUUUCCCCAACAAUCGGUCGCAUAAUCCCACCUCUACCGGCGUUUCUGCUGCAGCAUUCCGCGACACCCUCAGCCAACCAUAUUCCAUUACCACCGAUAUCUAUGGUUCUACGCAACUAUCUCUCCAACAACAGAUAUCGCCGACGCAAUCGUCCCUUUCCUCUGGCUACGACUCACUCGCGCAGCAGGCGCGUGGGUUGGAAUACCGCGCGCCUCAGAUGGCUUCAGGUUUCUCAGGAGCCAACCCUAAACCCACGUACAACAAUGUAGAUCCGUACAGUGCUAGUUCGACUCUGCUGCAGUCUCACCAGGUGGGCAAGGCUGGCUUAAUCGCGAACCCUCAAGUGUCGCAGCAACAGGCGCAUUCGCAAUCGCAGCACCAUCACGCAACAUAUCACACUGCUCCGCAGAUGGGCUAUACUAACGGCCUGAGCAUGCACUCUCAAACGCCCUUCGGCCCUCACUUACCUAGUAAUGGGAUGAGCACAGCUACCGUCCCCACUUCUGCGGCUCCGGGGAUGAAUCAUGUGAAUGGCGGUGGUGCCUCCGGAGCAUCAGGGGAAGAGAUAUCCACUAUUUUUGUUGUCGGGUUCCCAGAUGACAUGUCGGAACGCGAAUUCCAGAAUAUGUUCACGUUCUGCAACGGCUUUGAGGCUGCGACCCUGAAGAUCCCGAAUAAGGAGUCGACGGCUUACGGGUCUAGCAAUGCACUGGGUAGGGGAGGGAACCUCCAGUACCAGUCCUCGUAUGCCGGGCAAAACGACCCCUACAAUCUUGUCACCGUUAACCAAGGCGGUGUCGUUGUUGAUGGCGGGCGCGACGGCACCACUAGUUCCUGGCCCGCUGCAAUGCCCGACGACGGUCACUUCGUACACAACGCGCCUGCACAACCGCCUCGCAAGCAGAUCAUCGGCUUUGCGAAGUUCCGCACUCGGGAGGAGGCGCUGGCUGCCAGAGACCAGUUGCAGGGCCGGCGUGUCGAUAUUGAGAAGGGCGCAGUGCUGAAGGCUGAGAUGGCCAAGAAGAAUCUGCACACGAAGCGAGGUGUUGGUCCCUUGGGAGGGACAUCUUCAAGCACCGGCGGUGGCGGCGGCGGCGGCGGCGCAGUACCUUUAGCGUCUGACGGGCUGGGCUACGGCGAACAGCUAAGUUCGCGGGAUAGAGAUGCCAUGACUGCCCUUGGUCUUCGUCGGGAGAGCAGGAUCCACGCGGGCGACCGCGAUGAAGACGAGCGACAUCGGGCGACUCGAGAGCGAGAGCUCAGUAUCACCAUGGGUCUUGGCUCUCUCGGCACGCGCGGACCCAGAGAGCGUGCAGAGGAAGACGAGAGAGAACGAGAAAGGCGACGCAAAGAGGCCAGGUUGCGCUCUGGCAAUACCAGCGCAUUCGAUGCCUUCCAUUCGAUUCCUGCUGGCCGUUUAGCACCCGGUGUAGAAUUGGCCGCCAACGGUUUUGGAUCACACUCGCAAGCUUCGAUGCCGAACUUGUCAGCGUACGACGGCUUCGCAGGUGUUGCGGGGGUGAAUCCCUGGGGUAGCGCUGGCACUUAUAGGAAACCGUCUGUCCCGAUCUUGACCAAUGCCACUGUUCGACCUGCAUCACCUGGCGCUCAGUCGUCUCCGCCCAAUAGGGAGGCCGUGUAUCCUAUGUCCGCGGGGCCGCUGUCGGCGUCGUCAGUUGUCUCGGAUAAUGACCUGCCAGGUAACAUGCCCAAUACUGCGCCACCGCUAUCUCCGCCCACGAAUCCAUCCUCCCUGCCGUCGCAUCCAUCCUUACCCUCUCGGCCAGCAAGGCCCUACUCCCCGUUGGCCGACCCGCAAGGCCAACAGGUUGCGUUUGGCACCGUCGGCCACGGUCAUGCCGGGUCGGUACCCCCGUCGAGUGCAUCCAGUGUAUCUGGGUCGCAAGCUAGUGAGAACGAGCUGUCGAGGUCCAUGGCGGGCCUGACGAUGAGUCAAGGUUCGACAUCACCGCAGCUGCCUUCUCCGUCGUCUGGUGCCAGCUCUGGUACGAGGGGCAAUCCCGGAGAUCAAAACCCACCGAUUAACACGCUGUAUGUUGGGAACCUGCCAACGUCGCCGAUGCCUACGGGCUAUCCGCCAAGCUACUUGGAGGAUGCUCUUCGUGAUCUGUUCUCCCGGCGUCCAGGUUACCGUAAGUUAUGCUUCAGGCAGAAGAGUAAUGGACCGAUGUGUUUCGUUGAGUUCGAGGAUGUCAACUACGCUACCAAAGCUCUUAAUGAACUGUACGGACAUCCGUUGGGUGGCCUCGUUAAAGGAGGUGGCAUACGCCUGUCGUACAGCAAGAAUCCGUUAGGAGUCCGUACACCUACGACAGGCGGUCACCAGCAUCAUCAGCAGCACGCUGGUGCUGGACAAUCUUCAACGCAGGUCCCAUCUGCCUUCGCGGAACCCUUUCAGCCCAGGCAACCUCAGCCCACUUACAUAGACCCGGACCUGAACCGCUCUAUCCGUCGCGACACCUCUGGCAUGACAUCUCCCACAUAUCAUUAUUCGGUUUCGCCUCCACCUCGGUUCUUCUCUCCAUCGCCCUCAUCGCAACAAUAUAACCCGCAGGCGACAAACGCAGCCUACCCAAGAGGGAAUCCGCAAGGCUACACCUCAUCGACGUUCUCGCCUUUCGCUAUGUCUCCGUCUCCUCAUCCUAUACCCGAUCAGUCUAGCGCUGACAGCAACAACGAGCAUUUUCCUCACUCAAUGUCCACGCAAACCAACAACCUAGAGGCCGCUCGUGCCGGCUGA